AUGGCUAAUAAACCUUUGAUCUUGCGCAAAUGGACCCCUGGUAUGCAACUUUUAAAGAUUUCUCUAUCUUCUGUUCCUGUUUGGAUUAAAUUGCAUAAUUUGCCUAUUGAGUAUUGGAAUGCUACAUGUUUGAGUUAUGUGGCUAGUGGUGUUGGUAAGCCUAUAUGUGCUGAUUCUGUUACUGAGGAACAGUUGAGGCUUGGUUUUGCUAGAGUUUUGGUUGAAGUAGACAUGAAUUCUGUUCUUCCUAAAGAGAUUGAAAUUGUUGGUGUUGAUGGGGGUCGGGUUGUAGUUGGCAUUGAAUAUCCAUGGCUUCCUGUUAAAUGUAAGAAAUGUAAGUUGUUUGGUCAUCUUUCUCAUACUUGCACAAAGGUUGAGAAACAGGUUUGGCUUCCAAAAAAUACUGAGCCUGUUCAAAACUUGAAUGCUGGUCUUGUGGUGGAGAAGGUUGCUGAGUUGAAGAAUGACGGUCCUAAUUUAGGGGCUGAACCUAAAUGGAAUGUGGUUAGAGCUAAAAAAACUCCUGUUUCCAAGCCUACUGUGAAGGAUAACCAAAGUAAUUGGACUAAUUCAUUCCAUCUUCUGGCUAGAGCUGAUGGUAAUUUUAAAUCAGGGGUGAGAGGUUCAGAUACUUUUUCUUCUCUUCAAAAUGUUAUUGAGUCUGCUAUGGUUGAGGAGAGUGCAAAAAUAAAAGGGAAGGGUAAAAUGGGUGAAGAGGAGGAGGGGGUGGAUAGAAGGCAUCUUUGGUCUGAUUUAUGUUCUAUGAAGGGAAAAGUAGGUAAUAAUCCUUGGAUGAUUUGUGGGGAUUUUAAUGUAGUUCUUUCCUUGGCUGAAAAAUGGGGUUCUGAUAAGCUUUCUUCUUAUGAAAUUGAAUUUGGUCAAUGUGUGAAUGAUCUUGAAGUUCUGGAUCUUAAUUUUAGUGGGUGUUUUUACACUUGGACUAAUAAAAGUGAGGAGCCUUGGUUUGUAGCCAGAAAAUUGGAUAGAGUUUUGGCUAAUGUGAAUUGGAUGAGUUCUUUUGGAAGUACUGCUGUGGAAUUCCUUUCAGGGGGAGUUUCUGAUCAUUCCCCUGCUAUUAUUUCAGCAGGUUCUUUGCAAAGUUUUGGCCCUAAACCCUUUAAGUUCUAUAACUUUUGGUUGGAGCAUGAAGGGUUCUUGGAUUGGGUUAAGGAGGGUUGGAGCGUUCAGACUGAGGGCUUUCCUAUGUAUCAGUUGUAUGUGAAACUUCGUGCUGACAGUCUUCUUAAAGAGAGGGAAUGUCUUCAUGCUUUUGUUUCCAUUACUAGAGCUGAGGAAUCCUUUUUGAAGCAGAAAGCUAGGAAUCAAUGGUUGCAAUUGGGAGAUCAGAAUAAUAAUGAUGUUGAUCAAAUCAAGAAGGUGGCUGAGGAUUUUUACAAGAAUCUGUUAGGUACAGAACAAGUGCAAUUUACUGAGGCAAAAGCAGCUAGAGUUAGGCAACUUAUUCCUGUUGCUAUAUCUCUUGAACAUGCAGCCAUUCUGGAGAAGGAGGUUACUGCAGAGGAAAUUAGAGACAUCUUAUUUCAUAUGAAAGCUAACAAGGCCCCUGGUCCUGAUGGGUUUUAUGCAGAUUUUUUUAAAUCUACUUGGUCUAUUGUGGGACAGGAGGUAGUGGCUGCCAUUAAAGGUUUCUUUUCUUCUGGUUUAUUGCUAAAGGAAGUGAAUGCUACUAUUCUAUCUUUAGUGCCUAAGAAGGUUAAUCCAUCUGCUAUGGGAGACUUUAGGCCUAUUACUUGCUGCAAUGUUAUAUAUAAAUGCAUCACAAAGAUUCUGUCUAACCGAAUGUUGCCGUUUUUGGGUAAUUUGGUGAGUAUGAAUCAAUCUGCUUUCAUUCCUUCUAGGAGUAUUUCUGAGAAUGUUUUAUUGGCUCAGGAACUUGUGAGGGGUUAUCAUAAGGAAAAAGGGAAUCCUAGAUGCACUUUAAAAAUAGACCUUAUGAAAGCAUAUGAUUCUGUGAAUUGGGAUUUUAUGCUUCAUUGUCUUCAUUGCUUUGGCUUUCCUAAUAGGUUUUUGAGCUGGAUUAAGGAGUGUAUCACAUCUCCUAAAUUUUCAGUUUGUAUUAAUGGUACUUUGGUUGGCUAUUUUGAAGGUAAAAAGGAGUUGAGGCAGGGUGAUCCUAUAUCUCCUUACUUGUUUGUUCUUGCUGUGGAGGUUUUUUCUCGGAUUAUGGCUGAUCACACUAGUGGUAAUGGUGGUUUUAAAUUUCAUCCUAAAUGUGUGAGAAUGCAGCUUACUCAUUUGUGUUUUGCAGAUGAUCUCUUGAUCUUUUCAGAAGCUAGUUUGAGCUCUAUAAGAGUUAUCAAGGCUGCUCUGCUUGAGUUUGAAAAUUUGUCUGGUUUGAAAGCUAACCCUGCAAAAAGUUCAUUUUAUUGUUCGGGAAUUUCAGAUAGAUUGAAGCAUGUUCUUUUGGAGGAUUUAAGGAUGAAAGAAGGUCAUCUCCCUGUGAGGUACCUUGGAGUUCCUCUCAUUUCUUCUAGACUUUCUUCAGCUGAUUGUGGAGCUUUACUUAGCAGAAUUUCUGGUUGA